AUGGGGUUCGACGUGAACCGCUUCCAGGGCGACGUGGACGAAGAACUCGUGUGCCCGAUAUGCUCCGGCGUGCUUGAAGAUCCUGUCCAGGCACCAGUGUGUGAGCACGCCUUUUGUCGCACCUGCAUCAACGAGUGGAUAAACCGUCAGCCCACUUGUCCCUUGGAUCGUACGCCGAUUACGUCGACUCAGCUGAGGGCAGUCCCUAGAAUCCUGAGGAACUUGCUGGCACGUCUGUGCAUCAAUUGCGAUAAUAUCGUGUACGGGUGCAGCGCGAUCGUCAAGCUCGAUAGUUUGGUGUCACAUCUUGAACAGUGCGAAUACAAUCCGAAAAGACCAAUGCUGUGCGAACAGGGUUGCAAUCUGAUCAUCCCGAAGAAUGAGCUAAAGGACCACAAUUGCGUGCGCGAGCUCCGUAAUCUGAUGCUGUCGCAGCAGCAAAAGCUGACCGAUAUGAAACGCGAACUCGGGGAGCAGCAACUGCAGAUCAACGAGCACAAGCGGGAGAUUCACUUGUUGAAGGACUUCAUGCGCGCACUGAGGGUGUCGAACCCUGCAAUGCGCGCGAUCGCCGAUCAAAUGGAGCGCGACGAGGUUGUGAGAUGGUCUGCAACACUGCCACGCGCUAGGGUUACCAGGUGGGGUGGCAUGAUUUCCACGCCCGACGAAUUACUGCAGACGAUGAUAAAGAGAACUUUAUCAGAGUACAAUUGUCCGCCCCACGUGAUCGACGAAUUGAUGGAGAACUGUCACGAAAGGAAAUGGCCGCCAGGCUUAAACUCCCUUGAGACGAGGCAGAAUUCCCGACGGCAGUACGACAACUACGUUUGCAAGAGAGUACCUGGCAAACAAGCGGUAUUGGUCCUUCACUGUGAUAACACACAUAUGCCGGAGGACAUGAUGGUUGAGCCGGGGCUGGUGAUGAUCUUCGCGCACGGCAUCGAGUAGGGCACAAAUAUCGUACAUGAAUACGACUGAUUGAGCGAACAUCGUGGAGCCAGAACCGCCUGUGUCAUCCGGCAAAUGCGGAGUGAACCUCGAAGUUCGUUCAUUCAUCAUUUAUCAAUUGACAUAAAUAGUUUUGGAUCUCCACGGGAUUGAUUGGAGAAACAUCAUCCUGCCGUCACUGAGCUUACUUAAAAUUCCUUCAUCGGAUUAUUCGCGCUUACACGGCUGAAAAAUCCUAGAUUGCAAGAUCCUUGAUGCGAAUUCGUUCGAAGGACAAAUCGAAUCAUCGAACAUGCAUACGAACGAUGAUGCACACCGUCGCCUUUUGUGAUACGCAAUUUUACAGGCGCGAUUGCCACGUAUAGGAUUGAUCGAGACCAUAACUGUAAUGCGUCAGAUUUGGCUCACCUACUGGUUGUCGGUUACUUCGAUUAAGUCUCUACAGGAAAACCCAAUCGAGUGUCUGGAUCGUUGCACUGUGAUAUACCACUUCGGUGAAAAACCUGAAAUCGCGUGAUAAAUGACCAACCAUGUCUCCCUGAGCCGGUCGAUCCAUCGAAUUUGUACAUUUCUUCGCCGGCGGUCCGUUUAUCGUUCGUUUCAGGAUCGUUUGCGGAUACUUAGAAGUCUGUGAGUGUUUUACUAUAUAAUACUUUAGAGAGAUAAGAUCGGAAAGACAACCCCUCCUCUCCCACUAUUAAUCUAAAGACGCGAACAUGAGAUCUCGGAACGUGUUACAGAUUCGCUACAGUGUGAUCAAUUUUUAAACAUUUUACGUAAUUCGCACUGCUGUAAUUUUCUUCCAUAAGUAUUCUUCAUUCAUACUUUCCUAAAUCAUCUGUUCUCAACAAAAUUCGUUCUAACUGUGUACAUUGUUAAUAAGUUAAUUGUUUCAUUAAUUUUUUUUUAAUCACUAGUUAUAACUUAUUAAUACUUAUAACUUAUGUUUAUAAUUUAUGUUAUAAACUAGUUAUAAAUAAUUAUUUUCUCUAUAUACUACGCACACUUUGCCCAUACACAUUCGGAAUACAAUUCGUAUAGUUGUCGCUCUGAGUUGAUCGCACGUUUCGUUUUCUUGUUGCAUCAUGCUACAGUGUCUUACCGUUCUGCUAAUGGGAAGAUCGAUCUCAAACUUCUUAGAGUGGAUAGUAGUAAAACGCAUAAAUUAAUUAUUAUAUCGGUUAUUUAGCUUUUCUUGCACAACAUUGAUUACUUAGCUUGCAAAUUGCAUAACGUCAAUUGCUUGUUCAUACAGCUUCCUCAUGUAUUGAUACGCGCAUAAAAUGGGCCAAAAAUCAUUAGAAAUCCAGCACUUCCUUGUUGACUAUAUAAUCAAUUUUAUAAUUACGAUGCAUUUAAUGCAAAAUAACAAAAGAAAUAUUUGAUAUAUGUUUAUAGAUAUUCGAAAUCUUUGUAAGGUUUUUUUCAGUUACAUUGGCCAUUAUAAUGUGUCCUACUUCGAUUACUUCCAAUAUGUCUUCUAAAAAAUUAAUAUGGACGAAAUACGGAAUAUCGCCAAGAAACAAAAAUGUCUUUAAAGUGUCAAAUCCUUUUUUGCAUUUUCUUUGUUUAAAAAACUUAUAUUGCCCGGUAAAUCGCGAUUAAUCGCGGAAUGCCGAAUUUCAAUGUGCAUUAGAGUUUUAAGCGUAAUAUUAUGUUUAGAGAUUGUAUAGUAAGACAAUUCGACGAACAGGCUGAUUAUAUAUAAUAUAGAUACUAUAUAAUUGUAAUAAAUCAAAUUUUACACGUCUCAUAAGUGAUUCAAUAUACCUUAUAUUUUUAUUUUUUUUUGCUUUGAUUUGAGUUAUACAAUCCAUAAAUCUUAUUCUGGACUACGUGCGAUGGAUAAAACAUAAAUCAGUCGUACCUUGUGUGACUUAUCGGCAACAUUCGUAGUAGUGGCGCAUUGUAAGAAUUGUUUCCAUGGCUGUGUAAUUGUGGUUUAGUGAAUGAUGCUACAUAAUUUGCCACACUUCUUCCAGCUGUUGAAUAUUUAAUAUCGAAUAGCCGUGACCAUUAAUACAGACAAUAAAAUUGUGAAUUGUUACUUUGCAAUCAAGCAAAUAUUCUUCCUUUCUUGUUUCCUUAAUAUUUUUAAUAAGUCAUUUAAAUUAAAACUUUAUUCAGGCAUCAUUUUCUGAAUUACAGUUUUGACAUUUAUGUGGCAUUUUGAUAAAUUUGGAAGGCAUAAUUUAUUUCGUUGUUAAGUUAAUGUAAUAUUCUUCCUUGCAUAUAGAUUUCAAGAUUGCACAUCGAUAUUUUUAAUGUAAAGUCCUAAUUCGUAAUCGUAUGUUAUCUGCUUUGUUACAACACAAUACGAGUUUUAGUAGUACUCUCAUUUAUAAAUGCACUUUUAUCUGUCGCGCACAUAUUCGCAAUCAACAAUCGCAAAUUGUUUAAAUUACGAUCACUAUAGCGAACCGACGUUACGUAUAUCUUGAUGGAGAGGCAGUUAUUUAAGCGUUAUUUAAGAAUGACAAUUUCCAUUAAUAUUACUAACAAAAUGAUAUUAAGACUGAACUAAAGAUGACGAAAGUGAACUUUUGAGAACUUAUUGUAUGGAAAUUUGGAUUUAUUUACAACAUGUGCCGAGUGCAAUACGCACAAAUAUUACAUUACAUAUACAAUACAUAUAUAUUCACAAAAUAAAACGCUUUUAUGACUUUUA